AUGGCGCCCAAAGCGCCCGCGCUCAGGAGGCCCGCUGCGGCGCCCCCGAUCACCCCGACGAAGAAGACGGUGAGGAUCACGAAGACGCCCGUCGAGCUCGGGAAGCCCGCCGCCGUCGACGCUGGCUCACCGCGUCCGACCGACGUGGAGGUCGACGGGCAGAUCGUGCAGAUCACGCCGUCGGACCACAAGGCUUUCCUUCAAGAGAAGAGCAGUGAGGACCCCGCUAUCCUCGAGGAUGCCCGUGCCAAGGCCGACCUCGGCUAUGGCAAGGGGAAGCAGCUGCAGCUCAACAAGCGGAUUGCGGCCUGGAAGCUGAACGGGUGGGACCACCCGAUGUUCAAGGAGGUCAUCAAGUAUUCGGAGAGCAUGCCGACGAAGCAGCGCAAGGUCGGCAUGGGCUACGUGAAGGCGAAGCAGUAUUGGGGGGGUCCGACUGCGCUGAAGGAGGCCAUCGAGAGCAAGGAGUGCGUCUUCAAGAAGAUCGACGGCAGGGAUUGGCAUUUCGAUUCCGCGAUCUUGGCAGACCUGACGAAGGAGCUGAAGGGCGACAAGGAGCUGCAGAGGUUCACGGGCGAUGCGAUUGCGGGCUUUUACUUGGGCGGCGACGCCGAGCUCUCGGAUGACAUGAUGAGGGGGCUCGAUGACGACGCGCGCCGCAGCCAGCAGCGCAAUCGCAAUCCUGAUGACGACGACGCCGAGAAGAGGGACUUCGACGCGGCGGUGGAUCGGGCCCGCAACGCGCUCAAGAACACGCAGGGCCUUCGCAACAAGAGCACCGAGCUCGAGGGGGACGCCAACGCGGGCUCGGCCGCCCGCAAGAGCAACGUCAAGAAAACCAUCGAGAAGGGCAAGGAGAUCGACGAGUUGAUCAAGGGGUACCAGGACCUCGCCAGGACCAAAGCUCUCCCAGGCCUUCGCAAGACGACGGCGGAGUGCAACCGCAAGAAGUUCAGGGCGGACAGCAAGAUCGGGAACAAGAUCGUGGCGAUGAUCCUUGCGGUCCAGGAGCUGGGCGAUUGA